CGCAAGUCCUGCUGGAUUUCCAGAAGGCGUGGGGCCGCCCCACGUUUGACGGCUGGGCGGUUGGUGGGGACUGCGACAAUGCAAGCACUGUCACGUGCGACUCCCAGGGCAUGAUCACAAAGAUAAGCAUUUCCGACGAGAGACUAAAAGGCUCAAUCCCUGCCUCCAUCAGCAACCUCCAAAGCCUUGAAUACUUAGCUUUAUGGAACAGUAGCCUGACCGGCCCAAUACCAACUACUAUCGGCAACCUUCCAAAGCUGACCGACUU